AUGGGAAAUAAAACAUUAUGUUGUUCUGGUUCUGAUCAUUUUGGGAGUAGUUCAAAAAUGAGUCUAUAACCUAAUAUUGCAGCUCAUGCAUCAUUUGCUGGUUGCAAAAUAAAUUUAAGUUAUAGCAAAUUAUUGUUUAAUGAAGAUGUCGAUACAAUAGUCCUAAUUGUAAGUAAUAGAUUAAAAAUGGGAUAAAAUAUGGAGGAUCUCCUUAAGUAUAACUAUUACUUAAUAAAUUAGAAAACAUGGAGGGUAAUCUGUGAUGAAUGAAUUGAAAUAAGUACGUUUAAAUGAAGGUUGUAAACUUGAAUUAGGUUAAGUAGUGUAUACUCAUGCAGGAGAUGUAUAAAUUUGAAACAUAAAUUAUAGAUGGACUAUGAUUACAUAAUAUAUACAGUAUUGUCUAGUGGUUGUGAAACAACUAUGAUGAUGCCAAAAAGUUCAUAUAUUACUGAAGGCUCUACUGAUUUUCAACCUACUGAAUCUUUAUAAGAAGGUUUAAAAUAGUAAAUAGAUGGAGUUCAUAUUUACACUGAUAAAAUGAAUGAUUCAUAAUAAACACAUGAGAGAUAAAAUAUUUAUGAAUGCAUGAUUAAUUGUCUUCAAUUAGCAACAAAUUUAGGAGUUAAAUCUAUUGCUUUUCCUUUAUUGGAACCAUUUAAUGGACAUAUUUCUAAAUCUAAAAUUGCAGCUAUUAUGUUAUUUGCUAUCAAAUAAUUUCUAAAAGACAAUUCGAAGAUAUCUUUAGAGGAAAUUAAAAUUAGCUCUUAGGUAUAUCAAUUAUACUUAUUUUAGGAUACUUAAGUUAUUCGUUUAUUUAAAUAUAUAAUUAAUCAUAUAUUAUGUGACAAUUCAGAAAUGACUAUUGAUUCCAAAAACAAAUCUGCAAUCAAAUAAAAAGACUUAAAAACUAGUUCUAUUUACAGUCACAGUGAUUACGAUGAAAAUGAAUAAAUUGAUUAAAUGAAAGUUGAUGAUCUAAUGAAAUUUUUCCAUGCCUAUGAUGAAGGAAAGGAAACAAAUAAACGUAAAAGCUCUUUUUGA